AGCUUGGUUAGGCUACCUGUUAAGGAAAGUGAAAUUCCCGACCAGACUGGCGCAACUGAUGAUGGACGCAGCGAAGCGGACACUUUUAGCUCCAAAUUGCACACCACAAUUUGUCGCCAGUCGCCUGCAAUCCCUCCAGUUUUUUAUAAAGUCGAUGACAUGGCGCCGGCGAGCUUAGUCAUCAUGUUCGUCCGCAAUCGUAAGCUUCGGAUCGCAAUUGGUCUCAUCUUCUGGACGAGUCUCGCGGUGGCCCAAAAUGCCAGCGAUGAACGAGUCAAUGAGCGGUCUGGAAACCAACUGGACCUGGCUGGAUCGGCCACCGCCAAGAGUUUCGAACCACCGCCCGAAUUCUAUAGGGGCCCAGGUUCAGGAUUGGAGAGCAACACUCCCAUAAGUUCCAGCGGUCGUCCCUCUCUGGGAAGUGUGGGCGAAAGCCUGAGUGAUACCUACAACAGGUGGCGAGCUGGAGGUGCAAGUCUCCAGGAUCGUAUCAGUGUGGGUCCCUACGGAGCGCCAGGAGUAGGGUCAUCGCAUGCACCGAAUGUGGGCAGCUUUGAAAGUAGUUCCCACCCGUAUCCCUACGAGUACUCCCAUGGCAGCGGAGGAGGAGCUGUAGGAGGAGCUGGUAGCGGCGCUUAUUUCGGCAGUUCCAGCGUAGAGGCUGGUAUUCCCUUCGAUGUAUAUGGAUCGCGACCGGGUCACGGUGUUGGCCAUGGUCACUAUUCCCCGCCCGAGUAUGCAUAUCAAUAUCCGCCGGAUCACCACGAGAUAGCCGCGCACAAGGGUCCCGGCUACGGUGACGUAUCCUCUAAAGCCCUGCUGGCUAAAAGCUUUCUCAUCCCGCUGGCCAGUGCUGCUGUUCUUGGUAUCGCCGCCGCCCUGGUCAGCAAUCCUCUGCUCCUCCAAUUGGGCACUGUUUCGGGUCUGGGAACCAUCGUGGGCAAACGCAAACGACGCGCAGCAAGUCGAAGUCCGCUAGCGAGAAAAGCCCAUAAAUACACUUUAUAAAUAUGCCAUUCAUAACAGAAAUAAUGGAAAAAAGGAUUCUUCAAUGAAUCUCUAUCGACAAGUAACAAUCAGUGAUAAGACUUUGUUGUGGUAAAGUAUGACAACCGGUCUUUGGACUCGUAGAAAUUCGAAUAUUGUUUAAUCAUUCGUGAAAACGUUAUCGCUAUAAAUCAUUAUCAGCAGAGCGUUAAAUGG